AUGUCUUCUUCCAAUUACAAGAAGCUACUUAGGUUUUCUUUAACUCAUUUGAGAAGUGUAUUUCCUCCAUCUUCAUCUGAACAAGAUGAAACCCAUUAUCAACAUGGCAUUCCUGGGAUUCCUACUGACGGUAGAGUUGUUUUACUCAAGAAUUCCAACAAUGGGGCUCAAAUUUAUCUUGUUGGAACUGUUCACAUUUCUGAACAGAGUGCUGAAACCGUCCAGAAGGUGAUCGAUUAUGUAAGGCCUGAUGUAGUUGCGGUUGAGCUGUGCAAGGGACGUGCUGAGGGGAUUGUGGACUGGAAACCUGAAGAUGAUUCAUUGUACAAGUUGUUCCGUGAAUCCAUGAGAGCUCCAGGUGGACUAUGCAUGAAGAUUGGUAUCUUUUUUCUUAGUUGUUGGUAUCGCCGGUUGCACGCAAAUGGUACAUUUCCAGGCCUGGAGUUCAAGGUUGCAAUUGAAGAAUCUUCUAGAGUGGGAGCAACAUAUUUCUGCAUUGAUCAAGAUAGCGAUGUUACGCUUCAACAAGUAUCUAAAGUAUUCUCUUUUAACUCUCUUCGGAAAGUAUAUACUAGAAUUCUGGAUGAACUCAAGAAACCCCGCCAAAUGAUCCAGCAUCAUACUGACUUCAUAGAUGUUGAAUACACAAGAUCCCUUGUGAAGGAAAUGGGUAGCUACCAAAAGAAACUUUGGCCAGAGUUUUCUGAGGUGAUGCUUGAAGAUAGAGACAAGUUUAUGUUUUCGAACCUUCGAAGUUUUCAAGGAAAAGUUGUCGCAGUGGUCGGGAUGGGUCACAUGGAUGGGAUUGAACUAUUGUGGAAGGGAGCGGAGGAGGAUGACAGGAAGCAACAUCCGUUGGAUCUGAAGUUGCGGGUUAGCCAUGGACAUUCAGAGUAGGGUGGCGACAAACUGUUUGGGAAAUUCUGCAGC